AUGCAACAGUCAGCGCCCCGUGUAGACAUCCACUCUCUGCCGUCGGCCGAGCUUCUCAGCCUCCUCGCCCAGCUGCUUUCCAACAUCGCAUCUGCGAAUGACGAGCUUGGCGCGUCGGGGCUGGACGCCUCGCACCAUGCUGCCGAUCAUCAUCGCGCGCCUGUCUGGAAUACCCUGACGACCGCGUCGCGAGCCGCGCUGUCCACGCCCUCUAGCACCCUCACUUUCCAUGCCCGAAACAUCCCCACUAUAUCGCUUGAGGCGUACCUCGUGCGCAUACUCAAAUACUGCCCCACGACGAACGAAGUGUUCUUAUCGCUCCUGGUUUACUUCGACCGCAUGUCGAAGCUGAGCCUCGAGGCGACCGGGCGUACCUUCGUGAUCGACUCGUACAAUAUCCACCGGCUGGUUAUCGCUGGCGUGACGGUCGCCAGCAAGUUCUUUAGCGACGUGUUCUACACUAACUCGCGAUAUGCGAAGGUCGGCGGUCUUCCUCUCACCGAGCUGAACCAGCUGGAGUUGCAAUUCUUGCUGCUCAACAACUUCUCUCUUGUCAUCCACCAAGAUGAGAUGCAGAGAUAUGCAGAGCAGCUCAUCCUCUUCUCGCACAAACACUCAUCGUCGCCGUUGCCACAUACCAUUGUUCCUUUGUCCUCGAUCCCGUCCUCGUCACAGACUGGCUCUGCUGCUCCGACUCCUGCGAUGGGCGCAGUGGAUGCGUAUGGCGGGCAGAUUCCGACGCAUCCCUCUAGCGCGACACCACAUGCAAACCACGAGCAAGCGCCAUCUUCUGUGUCUGCUGCUUUCCGGCCUAGGUACAGUAGUGGAGACGACACCGAAACCGAGACGGAAACCGAGACCGAGACGGACGGCGGCUCAACGACGGACGACGAGCCCACGAUACGGCCUGCGCAUUCCAGCGCAGGUAGCGUCUCCGAUGACUCGAGCAGCCUCUACAGCACCAGCACGACCAGUGAGGAUGCUGAUGAGGCUGACGAGAUCAUGGAUGGAGACGCCAUACGCGAGAUGGAUAUCGUCGAGGAUAGCGACGGUGGGCGCACGCCGGAUGUUCGCAAGUUCUUCGGUGGCAGCACUCCGCCUCGCAUGCGACCCGGGGACGACUCCCAAAUGGCGAGCCCAUGA